CCCGCCUGUGGAAGCUCUUGACCUUCGUUGUGGCUCUGCCCGGCGUUGGCGUUUGCAUGCUGAACAGCUACUUGAAGGCACAGCACGAGCACGAGCGACCCGAGUUUGUCCCUUACGCUCACCUCCGGAUCAGGACCAAGCGUUUCCCCUGGGGUGAUGGGAACAAAACUCUAUUCCACAACCCCCACGUUAACGCUCUCCCAACUGGUUAUGAAGAUGAAAACUAA